AUGGAAAAAAAAGCGGAAGCAAUUCAAGAGUUGGAAAAAGAAAUGGUUGGAAAAUUGCAAAGCAGUUGGGUAGAAAGCCUAGAAAAUGAUGAUGGCAAUAUGGUCCAGGAAAUGAAUCCAAUAGCAACGGAUAGGAACAAAUCUCAAGCUAUCAAUUUACAUGAUCAAUCAUCUGAUAACAAUUCAAAUUUAAAUCAAAUUAACAGUCCUUCCUAUGAAUCUCCCGUAUCCAAAAUAACCAAUGCAUCAUCCAUACCGAAUACACAAACCAUACGUGAACGGAUAAGACAAAAGCUAAUACAAGAAAUGGAAGUGCGACGUGGGUCUGUACAACUAAAUAAGCGAUUGCAACGUCAACAACGUAAUAAGUCAAUAAGGCAGGAUUCUUUUGGAAUCCUUACUGAGAUAAAUCAAGAAAAUCUUGAUAAACAAAUCGAACAUUCCAUGAAGCUUGGAGAGAAAUGUACCGCUGAUUGUGUGAAUUAUUUACCAUCUGAUGAUGUUCAAUAUGAAUUUAUGACUGGUCAAUUCCAAACUAAUCAGAAUAUGAAAACUAAGCAGAAACAAAUUUCUAAAGUCGUUUUUAUGGCAGCACAACCACAAUCAUCUGAUGAAAUUAAACAAUUUGAAUCACUAUGCUGUGUUUAUAAUAAACGAUUUGAUCCGACAGUGUCAUCAGCAUCGAUUGAAAAUGGAAUGCAAAAUAUCAAAACUUUUAAAUUACAAAAUUAUGCAUUAUUACUACAAAGAGUGGGCGAACAUUUUAUCAACGAUUCUGGAAUGGUAUUGGGAAGCAAUUUGGAUAUUGACAGAGUUCCAAAACGACCAGAACGUUAUGAUGAUAAUUGUCGCAAUCCAUGUCGAUAUGUUAAAGCUGAAGAAUGGGAUAAAGCACUUAGCCGAAUUAAGCAACAAGAUUUUGUACAGUUGGAUAUUGAUUUGAAUCGAAUCGUUUUUAAUUAUCAUUGGUUGUUUGGACAGGAAGAUUUGUUAUGCAGCACUAUUCGAAAUUUGCAUAAAAUGCAAUCAGCAAAAAUGCAAGAAGCAUUGAAAUUAUUAAAAGAAGUUGAAAUGGAAGAAAAAAUAUUACGUAGUGGAAGAAUUCUACAGAAAAAUGAAAAAGAAAAUGCAGAAUGCCGAAUAAGAGAAUUAAUGAUUGGAUUAGAGGAAAAGCAACGAAGUUAUUUGGAUCUAGGAAAUACGAUCGAAGAAAAUUGGAAAAAAUUACAAAAAUUGCGACAAAUACAAGGAUAUUUUACAACCACAUUAAUGGUUAAAAAAAUUUCAUUCGAACAACAACAUGCUGAAAG